AUGAAUGAUAUCAAACGACAUAAUAAUAGUGAUGAAAUUGUCCACAAUAGAAAUAGAGAAAUAAAGGAUAAUCCUUCAAUAUUGAUAUUCAUGCAUGAUAAUGCAAUAAUGAACAUAUAUUGUGCCGAUAGAAAUUCGAAUAAACGAACAUUAACAGAACAGCUUGUUGAUUAUGUUAAACGACGAAAAUUACCAACAUGUUUACCUUGUACAUCACCCUCAAAAUCCAGUACAGCAAGUGUAGAAGGACCAAUUAAUAAUGAUCAAGACGAUAUUGAGCAAAUCGACAAAGAAAAUGUACCACCAUCACUAUUAACAGUACAGGAAAAAAUACCAUCAAUGAAAGAAAAAUUAGGAUCGCUGUGCGUCGCAUUUCAAACUACAGACGAUAUUCUAACUUUUCACGUGAUACGUGCCAGACAGUUACGUACUUCCGAUUCUAAUGAAUCAACUACAAAAAAAUUCUACGAUACAUUUAUAAAAUUAACAAUACCAGCAUCUUCAUCAACACCAAAAUAUGAACAAUGUUCAAAAAUUAUAAAAAAGUCAAACUCACCUGUUUAUGAUCAAAAAUUUGACAUAAUUGAACUUAUUGGUUGUAUGUCAUUUAAUAUGAGAACGUUUACCAAAAGAACAAUGUCUUCAAAAUGUAAGUGGUACUGCUUAUUACCGGAAAGUAUUGGCAAACAUAAACGUAUGGCAGUAAAUAUUAAAAUAUCCAAAUAUCAAUGGACAUCGUCUUCUUCGUCGGCGGCCAAACGUCAUCAAUCACGUGAACAUGACAAUCAUCAAAUAUUUUCACCAACGAAUUAUGAACACAGUUUAAAUGGAUUUCUAUUAAAGGUCGAUGUAUACGAUCGUGAUGAGAUUCACUUUGGUCUUGGUUGCCCUUGUACAGUUAUAUCCAUUCAACACCGUUCGUCACUUCAUUCAUCUUCUACUCGUCCACAACCUGGUGAUAUAUUAGUGAAAAUAAAUGAUAAAAAUGUAACACGUGCUCAACCAAAAGCUGUUAUUAAACUAAUGAAAAAUCUUCAAUACCCGAUUAGAUUAGAAUUUUAUCGUCGUUAUUCAAUGGUGCCAAGAAUUCCGGAUAAAGUACUUUUAAACUCCGUUGAACAACAUCAAUUAUUACCCGAAACAUCGUUGCUUUUAUUUAAAACUGAUCAAGAUCAAUCAUCCGAUGAAUAUAACAAUGCAUUUUGUUCAUCGGAUAAAAUGUCGUUGACUGAUUCUCCACUACGCAGAUGUGAACAGUACAUUCAAAAAUCUGACGAAAACAUUCGUAGCGUUAAACAACGUCGACGUGAAAAAGCAGCAAAUUCAUUAUUACUUUCAUUAAUUGAUGAUUAUGGUUCUUGUGAAGGUGAUUCAGAUAUUGGUUAUCGUUCGGAAAGUACACCACACUCCGAUAUUGACAAUGAUAAUAAUCAAUCGAAUAUACUAACCGAAUCAUAUCGUUUCGAUGCGUUGAAAUUAGUUGAAUUAGAAGAAAUGUUUAUAGCACAAUUAGAUUUAGGUGUACAAUUAUAUUCGAGACCAUUAAAACAUUAUCUUAUUUCAUCACAAGAACAUUCAAGAUUAUUUCAAAAUAUUGAAAAGAUAUUGGCUAUAUCUCGUUAUCAAUUAAAUAAACUUCGUUCAAUGUCAAAUGUAACGCUCGUGGAACAUAUUGGUCAAUUAUUUUAUGAAAAAGUUCAAAUUAUUUGUGAAGCAUUCGAAACAUAUUCACAUGGUUACUCAGAAUCAUUAUAUACAUUAAAACAAUUAGAAAAAUGUUCAAGUUUUCAACGUUUUAUUCAAAAUAUUAAAAAUCAACAUCAAUUAACGCUUGAACAAUUUCUACAAACACCAUUAAAACAUAUUGAAACAUUAUCAAAACACUUAGAUUCAUUAUGUUCGAAUUGUCAAAAUCCAAACGAUGCUAAUUAUUUAUUACAUGUUCUCAAAGAAUUACGACAAUGUGCAUCUCGUGUUAGUGAAAAUUCAAAUGUUCAUCAAUUUUCGACAACUAUGACAUUGAACAGUGCCACAAAUUCGUUAUCAUUAACAACAAUACCAAUACAACAACAAUCAGAGGAUCCCGAAAUAAUUGAAUUACAAAAUCGAAUACAAUUUGCAUCAAAUAUCAAACCAAUAUCAUUAAUUGGUAAAAAUCGUCAUGUCAUCUUUUCGGGUGUUCUAUUGUUACAAAAUGAAACGAAGACAUACAUUGAGACAUGGUGUUUAUUGUUAAAUGAUAUGUUAUUAUUUACAUCAAAAAAUUCUUUAAAUGAUAAUGUUCUUCAAGUUAUUUGUGAACCGUUGUUAUUGUCAGAUAUUAUUGAUUUUCGUGCCAGUGAACAAUUAUGUGAUGCUUUAAUAUUUUUACGUCAAAAACCUCAAUUGCCAUAUCGAAUACGUUAUCCAAAUAAAUGUUUACAAACUGUUUGGCAAACCAUUCUUGAUCAACGUUUAAAAUAUUGGCAAAAAUCUGUACUAGAAGAUUCGGUUGAUUCUGAUGAUUGUCAAAUUUAA